GGUAAUGCCCUUGCAACCUUGUUGUCUCCUUGCUUCCGUGAUUGACGAGAGCAGAAUCAUAGUGCAGUAAAGCUAUGGAGUCGAAAUCCGCCGACUCCCCCUCUGAAAUCAUAGAAUUUGAUGGUGAACAGUCAAAUGAGGAUACUGGAAACCUUUUGGACAAGAUGAAUCAGCUUAAGAAGCAAAUACAAGCAGAGAGAGUUGUUUCAAUUAGGGAAAAAGUUGAGAAGAACAGGGAGAAAUUGGAAAAUGAUGUUGCUCAGAUUUUAUUGGCUGCGUCAAGGAAGAAUACAUUAAUUACAGGGCAGAGUGGAGUAGCAAAUAUGAAUUUUUCAAGAAUCGGAAGCCCUCUCUGCAAAUAUGGUGGAUUUGUGCAAGGAUUGGGAGACAAAGAUUAUGUUAAUUGUCAUGAUGGUACACCGUUAUCGAGCACAAAGAUCCCUUUUGUUGAGAGGAUACCCCCAUAUACUACCUGGAUAUUUUUGGAUAGAAAUCAGAGAAUGGCUGAAGAUCAGUCAGUUGUUGGGAGAAGACGCAUAUACUAUGAUCAACAUGGCAGCGAAGCACUUAUUUGUAGUGACAGUGAGGAAGAUAUUGCAGAUCCUGAGGAUGAGAGACAUGACUUCUCUGAGGGUGAAGACCGCAUUCUAUGGAUGGUUUUCCAGGAGCAUGAUUUGACUGAGGAAGUAGCAAACCUUGUUAGCCAGUUUAUUGGAGUUUCCACUUCAGAUGUUCAGGAGAGAUGCAGCAUACUCAGGGAAAAGUUUGACGAGGAUCAAAAUGGAGAAGACUCCAGUGUUUGUGCAUUUGAGAAGGGCCUAUCUCUGGGAAAAAGCCUAACUGCUGCCUUAGAUUCUUUUGAUAACUUAUUUUGUCGUCGUUGUUUGCUAUUUGACUGCCGCCUACACGGUUGUUCUCAAACUUUAAUCAAUCCUAGUGAGAAGCAACCAUAUUGGUCUGAAUAUGAGGAUGACAGAAAACCUUGCGGCGAUCUGUGUUUCCUUCAGCUUAGAGCUGUCAAAGACUUGCCUGAAGGUUCAGUUAAUAAUGCUUUGAAUAGGAUGAAAACAGAAAAUCUCGGAAUGCGGACAAAGUCUGCAGGGGCCUCUAAUGCUGAAACACCAAGUGAUGCUGAUGGAAGUGCAGAUCUAACUAUUGAAGCUUCUGAAGCUUCCAAUCUAGAUGCACCUGCCAUGGUGAUAGAAAGUCGAGAACAUGUGCGAAAGCGCAAAGCAUUGGAGCUAACAAAUUUAGACUUAGAUCGGUCCACACUGGUUCCCUGUGAACUCCAGGAUUCUUCAAGUAAGAAACAGAAAAAAUUACUGGAUUCAGAUGCAAUAUGUGAAGUUGUUGAAGAAAUCUCAAGUUUUGAUGACAGACCUGGCACAAAAAGGACAGCUGACAAAAGUGCACUUCAGAUGACUAUCGAAAACACACUGAAUGAUCCCUGUGACCAUGCAUCAACAAAAAUUGCUUCUGCUGGUAUCGAGAAAAUUACAUGUGACAGUAAUGAUACCGCAGAAUUACCUGAAUUGAAUCUGUCACUCUCAACACAGAGGCAACUAGAAGUGAUUUUACACAAGUCUGAGUGGCAACCUUUUGAAAAAGAAUUGUAUCUGAAAGGAGUGGAGAUAUUUGGAAAAAAUAGUUGCCUUAUUGCUAGGAAUUUACUUUCUGGCUUGAAGACUUGUAUAGAAGUGUCAAAUUACAUGUGUGACAUAGGAACAACAAUGCCUCAUAAAUCUAUUGCCCCAAGUUUGCUUCUGGAUGAUAAUGGAAAAACAGAUAUAGAUUACACGGAGCAAGAGAUGCCAACAAGAUCACGGCUGCUUCGUAGGAGAGGCAGGACGCGGAAACUUAAAUACUCUUGGAAGUCUGCUGGCCAUCCAGCUAGUUGGAAAAAAAUUGCCGAUGGCAAAACUCAGUCUUGUAAGCAAUAUACACCCUGUGGAUGCCAGCCAAUGUGUGGAAAACAGUGCCCCUGUCUACACAAUGGAAAUUGCUGUGAAAAGUAUUGCGGGUGUUCAAAGAGUUGCAAAAAUCGUUUCAGGGGAUGCCAUUGUGCCAAAAGCCAAUGCAGAAGCCGGCAAUGCCCGUGCUUUGCUGCUGGACGUGAAUGUGAUCCCGAUGUUUGUCGAAAUUGCUGGGUUAGUUGUGGAGAUGGUUCUUUAGGUGAACCACCGAGACGAGGAGAUGGCCAAUGUGGAAAUAUGAGACUUCUUUUAAGGCAACAGCAGAGAAUCCUCUUGGCGAAUUCUGAUAUUGCUGGGUGGGGUGCCUUCUUAAAGAACUCGGUCAACAAAAAUGACUAUCUUGGGGAAUAUACCGGCGAAUUGAUCUCCCACAGAGAGGCUGACAAGCGGGGGAAAAUUUAUGAUCGAGCCAAUUCAUCAUUCCUUUUUGACUUGAAUGAGCAGUAUGUUCUUGAUGCUUACCGCAAGGGAGAUAAGCUGAAAUUUGCUAACCAUUCAUCAAAUCCUAAUUGCUACGCAAAGGUAAUGCUGGUGGCAGGAGACCACCGAGUAGGCAUAUUUGCCAAGGAACAUAUUGAAGCUAGAGAGGAGCUAUUCUAUGAUUAUCGGUAUGGUCCAGAUCAGGCACCUGCAUGGGCUCGGAAACCCGAGGGUUCAGAAAGAGAUGAUUCAACAGUCUCGCAAGGUAGAGCAAAGAAACAUCAAUCUCAUUGAUGGUUAGUCUCUCAGGUAUGAAUAUGCAUUUCUGAAGCUGAUCGCUUAACGAUCACUUAUAAAAUUAUACCUUAAGUUACGGCAGGGAUUGCUUGUAUAUAUAUUAGCUCAAGUGUGCUUACAGGGUAAUUGAAUGUAAAAUAAUUAGAGAGGGAAUAAGAUCACGCACAUUAUGAAGAGGGGAAUAAGAAGAUCAUCCCACACAUUAUGAUUGCAAAUAAGGUUGAGACUGGUUUAGCAAUUUCCUUCACCAGCUAUAUAGUUAAUAGAUUCUAUAGGAUUUAGAUUGA